ACUACGCAGUCAACGUGAGACCCUUCAGGAUCCGCGCUGUGCCCCCCGCUCCCUCUUGACAAAUCCCUGUCAACACUUUUCCGCGCGUUCAACCUGAAAACCUCGCGACGCUUUCCGCAGUUUUUGCUGAACAAAAUGUUCGGGUGAUCUGUGGAGAGUCAACUGACCACGUUUUUACACCGUUUUUAAAGGGGGAGAAUAUCGAGAGACCCACGACUCGCACGUCUGUUGAUCCGGAUGAAGCAACUGCUGAAAAAGUGAAAACUCGUCACAGAUUUUGCGCAAGGACAACUUCUCCGAGGCUGAGGAGACCGCAGAAGCCAUGGCUCACUCGCUCUCUCUCAGACUGCUUUAUCUGGGCUUGAUGUGUGGAAAAGGACUGGUGUUCGCACAAGGAUCUGAGCUGUUUUCUCAAGAGUCUGAUGCAAUGAAAGAACCUCAUUUUACAAGCUGUCGCUCCACCGAGCUGGUGACUUUCCGUUGCUGGUGGAGCGCUGGAACCUUCCAGAACCUCUCUGAGCCUGGAGCCCUCAGGUUCUUCUAUCAGACAAAAGCCCUGUCCAGUGAGUGGUAUGAGUGCCCUGACUACACGCAUACUGUGGAAAACGAGUGCUACUUCAACAAGACCUUCACACGAAUCUGGACCUCCUACUGCAUCCAGCUGCGCUCGGUUCCUCAGAACACAACCUAUGAUGAGGCCUGCUUCACAGUGGAGAACAUAGUGUAUCCUGAUCCACCAGUUGGGCUGAAUUGGACUCUGCUGAAUGUGAGUCGUUCAGGGUUGCACUUUGAUGUCCUUGUGCGUUGGACCCCUCCUCCUUCAGCUGAUGUGAAGACAGGCUGGAUGAGUCUGGUGUACCAGCUCCAGUACCGGGUCAAGAACACCACCUACUGGGAGAUGCAGGAGCUGGAAAGCGGCACACAGCAGUCCAUCUACGGUCUGCACACCGAUAAAGAGUAUGAAGUGCGGGUACGCUGUAAGAUGUCAGCCUUCAACAACUUUGGCGAAUUCAGCAACAGCGUAUUUGUGCAAGUGGCACAGAUACCAAGCAAAGAAUCAACGUUUCCGAUGGCGCUGGUGUUGAGUUUUAUACUGAUUGGGGUUGUGAUUCUUCUGAUCUUCAUUGUCAUCUCCCAGCAGCAGAGGUUGAUGGUAAUCUUUUUACCACCUAUCCCUGCACCUAAAAUUAAAGGCAUCGACCCAGAGCUGCUGAAGAAUGGAAAGCUUGACCAGCUUGAUUCUUUACUGAGCAGUCAUGAUAUGUAUAAGCCAGACUUCUACCAUGAGGACCCAUGGGUGGAGUUCAUCCAGCUGGACAUCGACGAUCCCACAGAUAAGAAUAGUUCUGAUACCCAGCAUCUGCUGGGCCUAUCCCACUCGGGUUCCUCUCACAACCUUAAUUUAAAAAACGACGACGAUUCAGGUCGUGCUAGCUGCUAUGACCCAGAAAUCCCAGAUCCUGAAGACUUGGCUUCCCUUCUUCCCAACCAUUCUGAACAGGGAGAGCACCAGCACCCUGUGGUUUCCAGGAACAGCUCAUCCAAUCCUGACCUCGGCAUCCAGCAGGAAUCAGAAGUGGUGGACACGCCCAUCCAAACACAACCCACUGUGCCCAGCUGGGUCAACAUGGACUUUUAUGCCCAAGUAAGUGAUUUCACACCAGCAGGAGAAGUGAUGCUCUCACCUGGACAACUGAACACCUCUCCAGAAAAGAAGAAGAAAGAAGAAGAGAACGAGAAGAAGAUACAAUUCCAGCUGGUUUCCGAUGGAGCCUACACUUCAGAAACCACAGCCAGGCAGUUUUCCUCAGAUGUCCCAUCUAGUCCUGGCCCGGAACAGGAAUACCAAGCAUUCCCAACUCAAGUUGUUGAAGGGAACCUCUGGAAUGGCGAGUACCUAGUGUCUGUCAAUGAUUCCCACACACCUUACCUGCUUCUAGAACCUCCUCCAGCCCCAGUACUGCCACCAAUGUCAGACUACACUGUAGCAGAGCCUCCCUCCAAAUCCUCCUUCCUCGCUGCCUAUGGCUUACCCGCACAACCCAGAUAAGCACCAACCAACUCUCUGAGAAACCUGACCCCAUGAGGGGACUAUAAAAAGCUUUUCGAUGGUCUUAUUGUACCUUCUUACUGCUGGAAACCAAAGUUGCACGAACGGCGGGACAAGGGCCGAAAAUUCCUUACCGUUUGGGAAUUCUCCACAUGGGCUUUCUCCGUUGUACGCUACAAAAUGGACGAAGCUGAAAUGUUUCCUUUCUAUCAGCCUUUGCAGAAGCGCUACGCUAGUGCGCAGAGAGAGUUUAAACGUGUUAUCGAUUUACAAUCUGAAACGUCAGCUGGUUACAUGCAAAAAAAAACGCAAUCACUACAGAAAUACAUGCUCGCUUGCUGUGUCAGAACUAUUUCUAAAAUGCGUUUAGCGUAUUACAAAGAUACAGAUGUAGAGCUACAGUCAGUGGCAUUGGGAUGUUUACACGCAGGUUAAAGACGUAUCCUUUUACUGCGAUUCAUCAACCCACAUUCGCUCGUAUGUGGAAUAUUACAUAUAUUCCGUCGUAUUAAAUCAAGGUUCAUGAAAUAUUUCCUUUUGCAGAUGAAGAAGUCUCAAAGUUUUGUUUAUUUACUCAAAUAUCAGCCUUGAUUAUUAUUGGAGGAACUUUCCUCCCUAGGGAGCCUUUUGAGCGCUUUUUCCUGCACAUUUUAACUUGUCAUGAAUGGAGAAUCUAAUUGGGAUGUGGUGCAGUAUUUUAGCAUCACUAAAUAUGACUAUAACAUUCGAGAUCACUACUAUAAAAAGUUUAUAAUGAUAACUGAACAAGCGGUUACCUUGCCUUGUUCAAUUGAGCUCGUCUUUAUUUGGAUUAAUGUGUCCAGGGGAAAUGUAAACAAAGCGCUUCUAGAGUCUUUGCUGUGCAAUGCAAACCGUAUGGCAGGUUUUCUAUGUUACCUUUGUACAUGUAGCAGUUUUAUAUCAAUGAAGACACUAUAUAUCACAUGCAUUUACAAUGGGAGUUACGUUAUACAAUAGCUGGGAAAGAAGUGCCAUUUUCUUUUCUUUUUUUUGCCAUCUAAUGAACUAUAAUUCUUGCCAGGACUCAAUGAAACACUGUAUUCUUGUGCACCGUGGCUUCUACACAGGGACAAAGCUGCUUUAAACUAGAGUUAUUUUAUGAAAUAAUGCAUUAUAAGAUAUAAUAACUGGAGAUCUUUACUAUUUUGUGAUCGCGGACAGUUCUCAAGACACAUUGGAAGCGGAGUUGUUGGAUUUCUCACAGAUGUUAAUUCUAUGCUGUUGAAACGUUUGUACAGCGAAAGUGUUGCAUGUUAAGUUGUAUAGAUGAGUUUAUUUCGAGCGCUUUUUGACUCUUACAUGUUCUCUGUUUUUAGAGAAACACAAUGGAGGGUAAUGAUGGUGAAGAGGGAGGCUUGGGACAACAAGCUUAAUUAGUCCUGGGUUUGCCUGUGAUGCUUGAAUACCAGGUCCUACGUUGUUUUAGGUGUUAGCUGUAGUUACAGUGCCUUCUAAAGCAUUUCUUUUUUUUUUUCUUUCUCUGUUUCCACCAGGUGUUAAGAUGUUAAAGUGGAGAGCCUUAUGUUACAGAUUGUUACAACCUAAUAUCAACAGGUUCAAAUGCGUGUUGUGACCACCAAACUUUUAAAAGCCUCCGAUAUAUUCAGACUGUCUCACAAACUCUCUGUUUUUUUUUAAUACUUAAAGAAACACUUUAAUUUCUGGGGGCUUUUAGAUUCAUUUUAAAACUCCCCCAGAGUUGAACAGUCAAAUUUUACCAUUUUGGGAUCCAUUCAGCUGAUCUCUUGGUAUGGCAGGAAUACCUUUAGCUUAGCUUAGCAUAAAUCAUUGAAUUGGAUUGGACCAUUAGCAUCUCAUUCAAAGAUGACAAAUAGUUUUGAUAAUUUUCCUAUUUAAAGCUUGUGUAUUUUCCUGAAAAUCUUUCCUAAUUUUUUCUAAGUCUUUCCAAAUUUAUGAGAGACAACUCAAAAUUAUUUACAGGCGCUAUCUAAUAUCAUUGCACCUUCUGAAGCCAUGCAAGUUAAUAAGCAAGUUGAUUAUUGCUGCUUAUUACGCUGGAAAGCCAGAUCAACUAGGAAAAUGACAACUUUCCAUUCCAUUGGUCUAAGCACAUGAUGUAGUAGCUACAGAAUGUGUCAAGCUUUAAACAAGAAAAAGAUCAAAACUCUUUGGUGAUUUUUAAGCGAGAUGCUAAUGGUCUAAUCCAAUUCCAUGAUUUAUGCUAAGCUAAGCUAAAAGUGCCCCAGAGAUCGGCUGAAUGGAUUUAAAAGUAGUAAAACUCUGUAAAAUGAGCCUAUUUAAAAGAAAGUGAAGUGUUCAUUUACAUAUGCACGUGGCAUCAGUGGCUAAUGAGUAUUUCAGCCUAAAAGACUAUACUAUCUAUAUUUAAACAGAUUUGUCAUGCUGAUCUUAGUUUCGCCAUUUAAAAAAAUGAUAGUGAUCAUGAUUAUUGAAUAAAAGUUACAGAAGUAACUACUACAAUUCAGUCUCAAUGUAUUUCACUAGCUUUUUGUAACAAACUGACCAAAAUGUAAGCAAAAUUUAAUCUUUAGCUCCAUUCAGACGGGGUCAUGAGGUCAGUGGCUACGUUUCCAUCCAAAGUUAUAGGAAAAUUUCCAUGUGUCUAAGAGAACUAAAUAGUCAAUAUAAAAUAAUACAAAAUAGCAAACACCUUGUUAUCUUGCUUUUGGAGGUGGAUUCCUAAUGUUAGAGAAAACAAUCAUAUGAGUUUUGAGAGGUCAUUUAACCAGAUCAUUUGGAUCAGGGGUGCCUGAACUUCGUCCUGGAGGGCCGGUGUCCUGCAAAGUUUAGUUCCAAACUCAAUCAGACACACCUGGGCUAGCUAAUCAAGCACUUACUAGGCUUUCUGGAGACAUCCGUGCAAGUGUGUUGAGGCAAGUUGGAGCUAAAAUCUGCAUGACACAGACCCCCCCAGGACCAAGAUUGGGCACCCCGAUUUGGAUAAUAUUUUUGCAGAUCAAAUAAUUUACUCAAUAAAUGUGUUUCCAUAUAUUGGCAAACCUCAUCACACUCACAAAAAAAUCACAAUUAUUUACCUUAAUUUGUGUGCAAUUAGAGUGUAGACAUUGCAACUGCAUGGCUGACAUUUAGUGUAUUUGAUUUUAAAAGCAAAACAAUUAAAAAGUCAUUCAGUGUGGUGUCAGAAAUAGUUUUACCACCCAGAAAAGAAAAACAGUUGGAAACUUGGCUAGUGAGUUAAACUUUUGCUGCUUUGCAUUGAUAAAUCUUCUCUGGCCUCGUUUGAAAAAAAAAAAUUCAUUGGCAAAACAGAAAAUACUGUGCCUAAAAUGAAACUCAAUAUUAAGUUCUUGUUUUCUGUUUAUUUGAACCACUUUUAAAAAUCAGUUACACAUUUGUGAUCACGCUCAACAGCAUGUAACAAUAUCAUUCAUUUUCCUUCAGCUUAGUUUCUUUAUUAAUCAGGGGUUACCACAGCAGAAUGAACCUCCAACUUAUCCUGUAGCAAUAUCAUAUCUUAAAAAUACAAAAAACCAAUGCAGAAGUAGGUUUUAUUUAGGAAAACUGAACGCAUUCUAUAUAAUUUCUUAAAAUCUUUAAAUUAAAAAAAACCUAUGGAGAUAUACCGGUACUUUGCUUUUAAGAUUUGAAUCAAAGCCCAUUCUAUUACUUUAUUCUAAUAGUCUUCAUCAUGCAGCAAUGUGUUAUAAAAUGUUGAUUUUAUUUGCUAGAAAUAACUGCAAGAUUCUUAUAAAAUAACAAUCGCAGUACUGUUAUAGACAUUAAAUGUCGCACACGCUUGCUUUCAUGUGCGUUCAUGUCCAGUUUUUUGCUAAUUAUGAAAAUUCUGAGACAAAGGCAACAUAAAUUCAGUUCUCUGUUUGAAGUCCUUGUUCUCGUUCACUGAAAUGAAAAGACUGAAAAGAACAAUUUGUUCACCUUUUCAGUUCACUGACUCACUGAUUCAGUCUUAGCAGUUCUGACAGCUCAUCGGAGAGGAAGAUUACCACUGAAUAAUGGCUUCAGAGAAUAUAGAGCAAAUUUUGCUAUCAUCUGCACAGCUAGUCACUAGUUUUCAGUUUGUGUUCCCCAGAACAAAAUGGCCGUCAGUAAAUAAUGAAAGAAUGUUCAGUUUUUGGUGACUCGUAAUGUACUAUUUACAGAUAUCAUCGUUGAUGUUCUGCCAAAUCUGUACAGAUGCCUAACUUGUUUAGUGCAAAUAAGUAUGUAAAAGGUCUAAAAUGGGCUGUUAUCUUGUAUGUUUACUUAUCCUGAAGAGAUCCACAGUUUAAAUUAAAAAUAUUUAAAUACACAAUAUAUUGAAAUGCUUUUUGGAGGGCACUGUAUGUGUUUUCAUAAUACCAGCUCAGGCUAAUGAAUUGGAUUGUCAGAUUGAAUGGUGUAUUUUGUGUAUUUCGUGUAGUUAUAUUAUAAUAUGGGAGGACAAAGUGGCAUGAUUAUGAUGCUAUGCUGCUGUUAUUGUGCGAACACACAGUUAGACCUAAGACAAAUGGGACCAAAAACUGUUAAACAAUGAGCCAGAGAGGAGACGUGAAGCAGAAGCUUAUGUUGGAGAUAUGAUAUAUGUGGAGAAAACUAAAAGUAUGGUACAGGAGAAAGUAUUAAGUUUUUUCUUCUAGCUAGGAACUUCAGCUGGGAAAUAGUUUACCUUUUAUAUUAUAAAAAGGAUUUUACAAAGGAUUG